GCAAACGUCACAAGUGACAAAGAAUUUGACAACAAUAUGUUUGUUGACAUUGUGAAGAUAGUUUGUAUAUAUUUGUUGAUAGAUAAUGCAUCUAGUUCGCUACUGUCUCGCAUCCGCAACAGACAUGAGUACAUCCCGGACGCGGACCUCGAGGUGAUCAGGAGCCUUGAUGACAAAACCUACGAGGAUCUCAUGAAUGAGAUUCCCAUCUUGCGGCAAGUUUUUAAAGGUAGUAGGAGAGAUGGAACUUCCGGGGCGCCCCACACGCACGCCGACAGCGUUGCCGCGAAGUACCUUGCGGCGCCGACAUCCGCCACCUUUGAAAAGACGAUGACAACUGCAACACUCCCCCUUACAACUGAGCACUCCUUGUUACAAACAAGAACGAGACCAACACGGAGAACCCAUUGGCCCCCGAUCAAUUACAGAGUUAGAGAAUCGGAACGCGGGGAACAAGAGGACCUUGGCGAGUACGAGAUGCGCGCAAUUGACAAAUUUCCGCAUGUGUUCUCCUGCUACUGGUGCGGCCUCAACGACACCCUGCUGCCCAACACAACAGUCUGUUACGAGGCCUUCCAAUCGCCGCAAUACCGCCUCUACGGACUGUCGAGAUUCUUUCGAGCACACUGUCACUUCAACGACACGCGUCACAGCACCCAGCAUCGGAUAAACCGUACUUAUCCGCAUUAUUUUGAAUUCGCAGAUGACCCAGGUUUGAAGUUGAUGGUUAUCGGUCCAUUUAUGAAAGGCUGCUUCAAGCGCUUUGUGGACGUGGGCACGCUGUACACAGCGCGCGGCUGCCGCGGCCUCUACCACCCGUGGAGGUCAUAUACGCGAAGCUUCGCAUCCCACCGCCUCGCCAAGUUGGAGAUCCUGACGAGGGGCUUCGAUGACCGGUGCGUGAGUAGCCCCGAAGCCUCGCUGACGCCCUUUAGCCGCGACAUCUCGCUCUUCGUUCGCUACCACGUCUGCGUCUGCUCGAAGCCUUACUGCAACUUGGCUGCGCUUCACCAUAUCGUUCAUGUUUAUCACACAAUACUAUUAUUGUUUUGUUCCAGAAUGUAUGUAUUGGUUUAUAAUUUAAUAUGAACUGUUGUUUAAACAUAUAGCAGUAUAUUGUUAUUACGUAUUUAUAAUGUUAGAUAUUUAGAAUAACUCUUAUACGCUAAAAAUUUUGC